CCCAAAUGUAAACGAAACAGUCAACAUUCAAGGAAAAUUAAUAAAUUGUGUAGUUGUCAAGGUUGUAUUUAAUGGCGUCUGUUAAAGCAGUAACUUUGGCAUACAUAUGUUGUGAACCAGAAGGAGGCAAAAGUGAUUCUCCUCCUAUUAUUUUACAUCAUGGAUUUACUAGCUGUAAAGAAAGGUGGAAGCCAAUCCUACAAACCUUAGCUAAUCAGAGUAAAAGAGUGGUGUAUGCAAUUGAUGCGAGAAAUCAUGGUGAAAGUGAAAGAAGUGAUUUUUUCAACUUUGACAUUCUGACAAAAGAUCUUGAGAACUUCAUGGAAUCAAAAGGCAUUUCCAAAGCAACCUUGAUUGGUCACAGCAUGGGUGGAGUUGUUACAAUGGCUUUAGCUGUUACAACUCCAGAGAAAGUAGAAAAACUCAUUAUUGAAGAUGUAAGCCCUAAAGAACCAGAACCAGAACUGUAUUACAUUUUUGGAGCUAUGUUGGAAGAGCAAAUCAAGUGCUUUUCAACUUUAACUAGCUCAGAUACUGAAGGGACUGUUCAACAGAAGCUCAGAGAGUGUAUAUAUCGUAGUAUACCAAUGAUACCCGAUGCUGAUCAAGAAGUAAUACAGGCAAUGAAGUUUCCCAUUAAGAAGGGGGAUCAUGGUUAUGAACCAUUAACAAACUUGAAAGUACUUCUAAAAGCUGUACAAAAUCCUCCUAUUUGUAGUUUUCCUAAAGGUAAAUCUUAUAAUGGAAACACCCUUUUCAUCUAUGGUGGGCAAUCAAACUUUAGUGUGAUUGAAGAUAAAGAUCUCAUUUUGAAUUAUUUUCCAAAAGCUGAAUUUCUCUGCUUUGAGGAUGCUGCCCAUGAAGUGUGUUCCUUUUAUCCAGAGAAGUUUUUAAAAGCUGUUCUCAAACACCUAACUUGAAAAAUAAAUAAAUAAAUGUAUCUUCUGUAAGAAGUUUUCAAAGUUUAUUGUUAUGUCAUUUUACUAUGCAUCCACUAUUGAUAAGGAGUUCAUUUCAUUCCAAUGUCAUAUCAUCAUUUAUCUGCCAUUAAAGUUGCAUUUUGCUCUCAUGGUUGUAUAUGUUUGUCAACUAAAUAUUUAUGGUAUAAAUAUAUCAUAAAGUGGUGGAUUUUCAUUCUUGGUUUAUAAAUGUUUUUGUAACUUUGUAUUUUUGCUACACAUUGUGAUAAAAUUAUUUACAUACUUCUCUGAUCUCUUUUUAUGAAAAAUAAAUUUCUGUGAAGAUUAUUUGAGUUCUUAUUUUUAGUUUAAUCUUUCAGAAUUAUCUUGUGAUAUUUGCUUAGAAUGAAUGUGGUUGUAAUAAAUGUAUAGUGCAGUGGUAAGUUGGUCUAUUUUGAUAUUGUGAUCAAGGUUAAAGGGUUAGAUUUAUUAACUUUAAGCCUCCCAUUCCCCUCCACACACACAAAAAAAAACUACCACAAAAGCAUUCAAUUUCUCUUGAAUUUUAUUUCUAGAAAGUUGUGUUUCUAAACAUGACAGCUAAAAAAGAUAUUAUGCUGUUUCAUGUAAGGCAUUCUUCCCCUGUAAAUUCUGAUAACAAAAUUCCCAAUUCACUGCUCUGUAAGCUGCCUGUUUUAAAUAUUAGAUGUAAGUACACAAGAUGAAAUUUAAUAUGAAAUCUUUCAAUGAAUCAUUAUCAGUAUCUUGCAAUAAUUAAUAAUGAGUAUUCUAAAUUAGAUAUGCUAUACCAGUCCUUAAAGAAUCCUUCAAUUUUAUUUUUUAUAUGGGGGGGGGGCAAAAGUAGUAGGAUAUGGUUUUUGAAAGAUGUUUAAAUUUCCCAAAAAAUUUUUACAAAUUUAAAUCAUUAACAAAGCCAAGAAAACAAGAUCAUAACAGUCUACAAACUUUUACUCCUUAUAUAAAUUUGUCAUAACAGACAAUUCAAGUUGAUUCAUAGAUGGUCUGGGUCGGAAUCUGAGGAUUCUGUUCCUCUGCAGUACGUAUGCAUUCAAAAGUUCUGUGGUUGGAUGCUAGCAGUACUCUGAGUGCAAGAGACUGGAGAUUCUCCCUUCCCUUCAAUGCAGUGCUUAAUAUUUUUAAAAGGAUUGGUGCUAUCAAGUGGCUGCUUAAGCCACCUUGGUUUAUUUUUAGUUGGGACUGUUCACCCCAGACAGAAGGACAACAAAUUAAGAUUUGUAAGCUCUUCAGGUGCUCAAUGUAAUCAUUUCAUACCUUAUAUACAGUAGAGUCUUGAACGUUUAAGGUUCCUCUUAAUCCAAGGUGCUUCAUUUAUAUUUUAAUUUAUCUUUUUUAGUAGCUCAAGAUUUGAUUUUCAUUAAAAUCUGAAAGUAGAACUCUUUUGCUGCUGUAAAAUUUAUUGACUUUUGCAUAGUAACUAUUAAAAAUGCAUUGAGAGGUUGGUUAUAUUUUGCAAGCACAUCAAUACAUAUGGAUAUCGAGAAAUUUUUUUUGCAAACGUUUGUUUAGAUGCAACUAAAGGAAAAAUUUAUUUUGAAAUUUGAGUGAGGAAUUUUUUGUGAAGGCAAUAGUUCCUUUUCUUUUUACAAGGAAGUAAAAGGCGCUCCAUUGUAUGUCUUCUGAGUAGUGUAAAUAUCUAGAAGAAUUUUCCGGAUAUCCCAAGUUUUCAGUAAUAUGAGGUGAGGUAAGCUCCAAGUACCUCGGUUUUUCGAGACUGCACUGUAUACUUCAAAAAAAAAAAAAAAAAAUUCCCAUAUUGAGUUGCCCACAUAUGCCAUCAAAUUCAUUGUUUGUCUUGAAUUGUUAUUGCUGAAUAAAUAAUAAAAAGGUACAAAGAAUCGGCUGAGUUAUAUUUGAAUUUAAUGAUUUUGUCUGUUUUUUUCUUUCAUCUUCUAAAAUUGUACUUUUUUUUCCUUCCAAAAAUUAGAAGUGAAAAGCCCAGUAGUUGAUAUUUACUAAGUUUUUAGUAUGUUUUUCCAUUUUAUUGCAUUCACAUCUGAUCAGUUCUUUCUUGGCACUUUUUGGAACUCUGAAGUUGAAUAAAACUGCACCAUUUCCUUUCUAUAUCUGUGUUUUAUUAUUUUUUUUAUUUGUAUAUUUAUUUUAGAUUAUUUAUCUUUAAAAUUAAACUAAAUUUUUAUUUAUUUUAAUUUAUGAUUAGUUGUAGAUGUAGUAUGUUUUUGUUUCAGUGAUGGCAUAAAUGUUUUCCAUGGCUUUGUUUUCUUGAGAAAUCAUGAAUGAAAUGUAAAAGACACAACCAGUUUUAUCUGUCCCAGGUCUAUUUUUUGGCUUCGUAGUGUAGAAUUUUUCCCUGUUAAACUUAUACAUCGAAAGCUAUGAAUCGAUCAAAGAAACUUUAGUGGAAGUAUCCUUAUGAUAAGGUUGUGUAUUGAAUUCAGAGGUAUUUGGCCAGUAAAAACUUUUGAUACUUUUAAAAAAAUCAAGUAUGGUUAAAAUUAUUUUUGUAAUUUACCAGUUGAAAUUGUGUUUAUAUGCUGAUUGAAAGUAUUUUAUAUCAUGUUGAAUAAAACUUUGGACUUAGAAAAAGUAAAUGCAGAGCAAUUACUUUGUUUCUAAUCUGUGUAUUGUUGAUUUGAUGUUUUGGACACUUUCUUUUUUAUAAGCAAGUAUACUUCAAAACAUUUAUAUAAAAUUUUUAAAUCUCUUAUCUUUAUCAUUAUACAAAAUAUUUUGAAAUUCUAUGAUGGUUUCUUUUUCUUAUCUCCAGUAUUUCAUUUUUUUUUCUUUAUCUCCAGUUAGACUUUUCUCUUUAAAUCUGGAAUUUUAUCUCUCCCAAAACGACUGUGAGUUGUAUACUACUUUAUCAUUGAAGCCUGAAUAGCGUCUAAGUAUUUUACAUUGUAUAUUGAAUUUGAAUGUUUUCUAGACCAAUGUCAAAUAUUUUUUGAAAAUGCAUUUAUUUUAUCGUGUUUAUAUUUAUGUGAACAGAAGUGUCUUACUUGUUUUAUAUGCAUAUUUUUUACUUCAUUUGUGCUUUCUUUUGUUUUAAGACUUAUUUGUAGUUAAAAAAAAUUACUGCAUAUCCAUAUAAAAUUCUCAUUGGUUAAAAGAAUAAUUUUAAUUUUAUUUAAUGAGUGAUAACAUAUUAAAGUC